UGGUCAUUAAACAGUCAACCCGCCCCCGACUCCUCUUGUUGCCAACAUCACUCUCACCGAGCCCAGGAGACCCUCAUACCUCGAGCUUUGAUCCGAUCAUUCAUUCCCACACCCUAUCUUGAAUCAUGUCCUCGUCAUCCGAGUCCGAGUCUGAGUCUGAGUCUGAUUGUGGCGAUGAGCAGCGCUACAGGUGGUACCCCUUCCACGUUCGUUUCGAAGUGGAAACGGGCCCUCCCACCAGCCUCGACGAAAGGCGUGAGGCACAGUUGGAAGCGCAUCGGUUUAUCCAAGCGAAGUAUGACGCUGGGGUACCCUUUAUCACCAAGGAUCUGUUGCGGGACGUGGUCCGGCAACUUGAAGAGGACGGCAAUGACACCCUUUCUAUAACUGGCCUUAACGGGGUCGCCGUCGAUUAUCCUAUCGAGACCGGAAAGGAGAAUCCCCAUCCUAUGUGUGGGCCUGGCUACAUUUGCAUCAUGAAAAAGCUGGUGCUCGAAUACCGAAUUCUGGAACGGCUACUAACUGUCGUGGAUCCGAAAUGGUUCAUGCCACGGCGCGCGUAUCUGCCAGUCAAGCUGAGUUAUAUAGCUGAGAUACGGAACAGAGAAACCGACGAGGUGGUAAGCUUCGCGCCACCCAGUGACUAUGCCACGGCGAGCCGGAAAUUCGAGCAGGCGAAGCAAUCCUUGGAAGGCAGCGAGCUUUUUGCCCAGUUCAAGUCCACCCUCGCUUCGGUUACAAUACCGCCUGGGAUCAACAAGAUUGUCGCGCUCGGCUGCUCUACGAUGGCCUGGCCGAACGAGGCGCGCGCCAUGACCAGCAUGACUCAACACAUUUUAGCUCUGACGAUACGAGACUUCUUGGCCAGUGGCUACGCAACGGAGGCACCUGGUGAAAGUCGUCCCGAAAUCAAAUGCUAUGCCCAGGAUCCAAUGUACACGCCAACCGAUGAGCAAGUCCUGGGUGAAGCCGGUUUCACCUUGGUAGAUGAUCCGAGGGCCUUCCUCGAAAUCGACGAAGCAAGUGUCGUCAUUUCCGUCUACCCGGACAUUCCAGUCCGGCAGAUUGUGGCGGAUAUUGCCAGGCCUGCUGUGAUGAUUUGGAACAGGCCCAGAGAUCCAGACCCGGAGAAAACCUACACCGACCCCGAGUCGCCGCGUGUGUAUCGGAUGUUGGAGGAAUACAUUGAGCUGCCGUUUCCGCCCGAUUGGUCUUAUGAAGAUAUAGCUAUCUACGUUAGAAAGACGACUGAAUAAAAACGACGAGUCUCGGUCGCCAGGAGCCUACAGGGUAUCGAGGGACGGUCCAUGGGAUCUAGCUAUUUGGGAGCAAUUAGGAUAGUCAUUGGGAGUACUGAUUUUGCCAAGCUGUUCUGAAGCAUUUGUAUGUACACUAGACAUGG